GCGGCGGGCGCGGCCUCGAGGCGCCCAGCCUAGCAUGGACGAGCAGCGGGCGCGGGAGCUGCUGGGCUUCCUUCGGCGCGAGGCCCGGGGCGACCUGAAGGGCCGGGCCGCCGAGUUCGUUCUGGGGCUGACGGGCGGCGCCGAGGGCCGCCGGCUGCUGCUCGCCCGCCCGGACUUCCUGGACGCGCUGCUGGCGCUGACCGGCGACCCGUGCCCGGCGGCGGCCGAGGCGGCUUUCCACGCCCUGAUCAACCUGGCGGCGGAGCCGGGGGCGGCCGGGGCGCUGCGGCGCGGGCUGCCCGGCCUGCUGGGCCGCUGUCUGGACCCCGCGUUCCCCCUGGCCGGGCCGGCCUGCGCGCUGCUGGCCAACUGCUCGCGGGAGGAGGACGCGUGCAGGGACCUCUUCGCGGAGCUGCGGCGGGGCGGCGCGGGGCUGCUGCCGCUGGUGGAGGCCCUCUGCGCGCGGGACCCGCGCCCCGGGGCGCCCGGGCAGCACCUGGGCCCGCUGCUCGCCAACCUGAGCCAGCUCCCGGAGGCACGCGCCGCGCUGCUCGACCGCUCCAGGUGCGUCGUGCAGAGACUGCUGCCCUUCACGCAGGACGCGGGCUCGACGCUCCGCAGGCGCGGCGUGGUGGGGACGCUCCGGAACUGCUGCUUCGACUACCGGCACCAUGAGUGGCUGCUGAGCGACGAGGUGGACCUCCUGCCCUUCCUCCUCCUCCCCUUGGCCGGCCCCGAGGAGUUUCCUGAGGAUCAAAUGGAAAGACUGCCCCUGGACCUGCAGUACUUGCCCCCCGAGAAGCAGCGGGAGCCAGAAGCUGACAUCCGCAAGAUGCUCCUGGAGACCCUCCUGCUGCUCACGGCCACCAAACCAGGGCGGCUCCUGGUGCGAGAGAAGGGCGCCUACGUUAUCCUGCGGGAGCUGCAUAAGUGGGAAGCAGACCACGGUGUCCAUGCUGCCUGCGAGAAGCUGAUCCAGGUCCUGAUUGGCGACGAGCCGGAGGCUGGGAUGGAAAACCUGCUGGAGGUGAAGGUCCCCGCAGAGGUGGAGCAGCAGCUGCAGCGUCUGGAUCAGGAGGAGGAGACGGCCUUGCUGGAGGGGGCUGCGUGAAAGGGGAAGGAGUCUGCCAGCUGCUGGGCAAGAAAGGACUUCCUUUUCCUUUGCUGUUUGGGCACUGAAAUCUUGGCACUUCCUUUCACUGCCAGAGUUGCUCCUCGGCCCCUGCCCAGUGACUUUGCCGAGGGUCCCACGGAAGCUGCUUCUCUGCAGCCUGGGCAGCUGAGAGCCCCUCCCCCCGGUGUCCUCCAGCCUCAGGAAGAGGGGAGCAAAGGGAGGGGCUGGCUGUGACCCCAAUAAAGGCUCCGGUGCACUUUU